UAAAUUUCCCCCUACCCGCACAUCUCUCUCUCUCUUUUUCUGUAUCUCUCAAACCUUCCUCCUCUCCCCCCCCCCACACUUUCUCUGUCAUUGCAUCCAUUUUUGUGCAUCUAAGAAAUCUCCAAGAAUUACCAACCUGGAGGAAAGCGAGCUAAACAGAGUGGCAGAGGGGGGUUCGGGGCUCCAAAGGAAAAGCAAACAAGGACGCGCCGGGUAUCUGUUAUUCCAACAUGCGAGCGAAAGCCCUCUGAAGGAUGGCAGCGAUGGGUUAGACAGGAUUUAUCAUGUCUGCUAAGUAAAAGCGACCGCUUGGUAAAAGAUGUCCGCUCCACACGGGCCCCGGGGCGCCCCUGGCCCUGCUGCUGCUGCCGCUGCUGCUCCCUCAGCGGCCGGCGCCAUGCCGGAGUUGCCGGACCUCAGCCACCUCACCGAGGAGGAGAGGAAGAUCAUCCUUGGUGUCAUGGAUCGACAGAAGAAGGAGGAGGCCAAGGAACAGUCCAUGUUAAAGCUCAAAGAAGAACCAAAACCUCAGCAAGCACAGUGGUUUCCCUUUAGUGGGAUCACUGGCCUGGUAAAUAAUGUUCUUCAGCCCCAGCAAAAGCCCCAAAAUGACAAGAAGCCCGAGCCAGACGCGAAGUUACACCAGCAGUUUGAAUCGUAUAAGGACCAGGUUAAGAAGAUGGGGGAGGAGACUAAGCCAGCUCAGGACCAGAAGAGCGAAGCCCCGACCUGUGGAAUUUGCCACAAGACGAAAUUUGCUGACGGCUGCGGUCACAUCUGUUCAUAUUGCCAAACGAAAUUCUGUGCUAGGUGCGGAGGACGAGUGUCUCUGCGGUCAAACAAGGAGGACAAAGUGGUUAUGUGGGUAUGCAACUUGUGCCGAAAACAACAAGAAAUCCUCACUAAGUCAGGAGAGUGGUUCUACGACUCGGAGCCCGGUCAGGUGCGUGGCGUGUUUGAGGGUGGGCCGCAGGGCAAAAAGGCCAAACUACACCACCCAUCCCUGUAUGCCCACCAGGGAGCCUCAGGGGACUUGACACCAGCGUCAGACAGAAGCAGACCUCACGGCGGGCUCCUGCCCAGACAGGCAUCCCUUGACAAUGGAACGGGGCUGAGGUACUCGGGGCCCGGUGAUGCACCUAUAGACAGGAAACGAAGCCCGUCUGCAUCCAGGGAUCCAAACCAAAAAUACGACCAAAGGGAGGGGGGGGACCACCCGCAGUAUGCACCCACAGACGGCAGCAUGCCCAGAUCACCGUCAGACUACGGGGAUGUGGACCCACGGCGGGUUCCGCAGGGCCCACACAUAUUCCCCGACGUCGAUGCGAUGCGGUCGGGCUACCGGGACCGCCGGGGCCCCGGCCGCUGGCACUCCCAGGAAUAUCCGCUGGACCAAGAGCUAGACGGGCCACCCAGUGACUUUGACCUCCAGCGCCAGCGCCAGGAGGAGUUCCAGACGCGGUACCGCAGCGACCCCAACCUGGCACGCUACCCAGUAAAGCCCCAACCCUAUGAGGAGCAGAUGAGGAUGCACGCCGAAGUGGGCCGGCUGAGGCACGAGCGCCGCCACAGCGACGUCUCUCUGGCCUAUACGGAGCUGGACGAGCCGGGCCCCAUCAGACUGUCCCGCCAGCAUCUCACCGAGCGCCGGCCGCCGAUGGUGGGACAGCGCUCAUACUCCGUCGACCGUUCUUCCCCUGGACCCAUGGGGUCGGGCCUUGGAGGUCACAGGGGCUCCAACUGCAGCCCCCCGACGCCGCAUCGGAGCCCCGUGCUCGGCGACCGGUCGGGGGACCUGCGGCGAGGAGACCUGGGCGUCGGAGGGGACCCCAUGAUGAGGCAGCAACACCACCUGGAUCCCAAUUCGGCCGUCCGCAAAACCAAGAGGGAGAAGAUGGAGAGCAUGCUGAGGAACGACUCUCUCAGCUCGGACCAGUCGGAGUCGGUGCGGCCGCCGCCCCCCAAGCCUCACAAAACCAAAAAGGGUGGAAAGAUGAGGCAGGUGUCGCUGAGCAGCUCAGAGGAGGAGCUGGCCACGACGCCGGAGUACACAAGCUGUGAGGAUGUGGAGAUUGAGAGUGAGUCAGUCAGUGAAAAAGGGGAGAGUCAAAGGGGGAAAAGAAAAACUAUUGGGCAGGCAUUUAAAUCCGAGCCGACACACACCUUAUCUGAGAGGCAAAAGAAAAUGGUGCGCUUUGGGGGACACUCAUUUGAAGAGGACUUGGCAUGGUGUGAACCACAGGUUAAAGACUCGGGAGUUGAUACGUGCAGUAGCACUACCCUAAACGAGGAGCAUAGCCAUAGUGAGAAGCACCCGGUGACAUGGCAGCCAUCCAAAGACGGAGAUCGCCUCAUUGGCCGUAUUUUGCUCAACAAGCGCAUGAAAGAUGGAAGUGUGCCUCGAGACUCAGGAGCUCUACUUGGUCUGAAAGUAGUUGGAGGCAAGAUGACAGAAUCUGGCAGACUUUGUGCUUUUAUCACUAAAGUGAGGAAAGGAAGUCUAGCAGACACAGUUGGACACCUAAGACCAGGUGACCAGGUUCUGGAGUGGAAUGGACGGAUUUUACAGGGAGCCACAUUUAAAGAAGUUUACAAUAUCAUCUUAGAAUCCAAGCCUGAGCCUCAGGUGGAGCUGGUGGUCUCGCGGCCUAUAGGAGAUAUUCCGAGGAUACCCGACAGCACACAUGCACAACUGGAAUCAAGUUCAAGCUCUUUUGAGUCUCAAAAGAUGGAUCGUCCCUCAAUCUCUGUCACUUCCCCCAUGAGUCCCAGUAUGCUGCGGGACGCCCCCCAGUACCUGUCAGGACAACUCUCAAGCCAAAGCCUUAGUAGAAGAACAACGCCUUUUGCCCCUAGGGUCCAGGUCAAACUCUGGUAUGACAAAGUGGGUCAUCAGCUAAUUGUAACCAUUCUGGGUGCCAAAGACUUGCCACCCAGGGAAGACGGCCGUCCCAGGAACCCUUAUGUCAAAAUCUACUUCCUGCCUGAUAGAAGUGAUAAAAGCAAGAGGAGAACAAAAACAGUAAAGAAAUCCUUAGAGCCCAAGUGGAAUCAGACCUUUAUGUAUUCGCCGGUCCACCGGCGGGAGUUCCGGGAGCGCAUGCUGGAGAUCACGUUGUGGGACCAAGCCCGGGUCAGGGAAGAGGAGAGCGAGUUCCUGGGAGAGAUUCUCAUCGAGUUGGAGACCGCUCUCUUAGACGACGAGCCUCACUGGUACAAGCUGCAAACGCACGACGUGUCGUCCAUGCCACUCCCACGUUCCUCCCCGAACGCACAACGCAGGCAGCUCCACGGAGAGAGCCCAACACGCCGGCUGCAGAACAAAGGCUCGUAUUCGUAUAACUCAGGAUCCCAGAGGAUAAGUGACAGCGAGAUAUCAGACUAUGAUUGUGAAGAUGGAGUCGGUGUUGUAACAGAUUAUCGGCCAAAUGGAAGAGACUUCCGGAGCUCCACGCUGUCCGUCCCGGAGCAGAUGAUGUCGUCUAACCACUGCUCUCGGUCGGCGGACAUAAACCGGGCCCGGUCGCGCUCUCCCAGCGUCCCCCCACCCUCCAGCCGCAACCACGGCGUGUACCCAAUCUGCAGAGAGGAAGCAGUCAGGUUACUGCGUUCCACUCGGAUGACCCGUGCCUAUUCAGAGGGCGCCUACUCCUCCAACUUUGCCAGCCAGAGGAACCACGGAGCCAUGGAUAGACACGAGUUUCACAGCAGGUCCCGCUCGGCAGACCAGCGGCCCACUAUAGAACGCCUCUCGUCCCGCUCGCGCUCCACCGAACGCCCCCACGACUCUUCCCUCAUGAGGUCGAUGCCGUCUCUGCCGUCCGGGAGGUCCGCGCCCCCCUCCCCCGCCAUGACGAGGGCACAUCCUCGCAGUGGAUCUGUCCAGACCAGUCCCACCAGUACUCCCAUGUCCAGUAGAAGAGGGCGCCAACUCCCACAGCUUCCAACCCCAGGAACAGAUAGAAAAGACACGGACUCACCAAGUUGGACGAACUCAGGUAUGGACAUGGAGGAGAAGACCAGGCAGAUGAAACUAAAGUUGAACAUGUACAAACAGGGAGCCAGCUCCGACUCCAGACUGGAACAAGACUACCACAAGCGCUCAGGCAGAGACCCGCGGGGCUCUGACAACUUGUCAGCCAAGUCAUCGGACAGCGAUGUGAGCGACGUGUCCGCUGUGUCGAGAACCAGCAGCGCCUCUCGGUUCAGCAGCACGAGCUACAUAUCUGUCCAAUCAGAACGGCCGCAGGGAAACCGCAAGAUCCGCCAGUUGCAAUCGAGAAGGCGUUCAUGGGAAGCGGAUGAGCAGUUAGGGGAGGUGCAGGAGGAAGAUGAGGCUGGAGACAGGGGAAGAGAGGAAAGAGUCAGGCAGGGUGAGAGCAAAGAGUCAGGCAGUAAGAUAGACGGAGACCAGGAGCUUCAGGAGGAUUUGAUGGAUAAAGAAGAGGACUUGCACCAAAGGAGUGCCUCAGACACUAACCUCAGGCAGAUGGGCACAUCCGGUGAGGUGAACAUGACCAAGAGCACAAGCAUCAGCGGUGACAUGUGCAACCUGGAGAAGACGGACGGCAGUCAGUCGGACACGGCGGUCGGCACGGUAGGCACCGACGAGAAGAAGAGGCGCUCCAGCAUUGGUGCCAAAAUGCAGGCCAUGGUUGGCAUGUCACGCAAGAGCCGGAGCACCUCGCAGCUCAGCCAAACAGAAGCAGGAGGUAAGAAGCUGCGGAGCACCGUCCAGAGGAGCACGGAGACGGGGCUGGCGGUGGAGAUGAGGAACAGGAUGACUCGGCAGGCCAGUCGGGAGUCCACGGACGGCAGCAUGAACAGCUACAGCUCAGAGGGAAACCUCAUCUUCCCCGGAGUGAGGCUCUCCUCAGACGCUCAGUUCAGCGACUUCCUGGAUGGUCUCGGACCCGCCCAGCUGGUUGGACGGCAGACUUUGGCCACUCCACCAAUGGGGGACAUCCAAAUAGGCAUGGUGGACAAAAAAGGAGCUCUAGAGGUUGAGGUCAUCAGAGCCCGGGGCCUUGUGGGUAAACCAGGAUCCAAGGCACUGCCAGCACCAUAUGUUAAGGUCUACCUUUUGGAAAACGGAGCCUGCAUAGCCAAAAAGAAAACAAAAGUAGCAAGAAAAACUCUGGACCCUCUCUACCAGCAGCAACUGCCGUUUGAGGAGAGUCCAGGAGGAAAAGUUUUACAGGUCAUCGUCUGGGGCGACUAUGGCCGCAUGGACCACAAAUCCUUCAUGGGAGCAGUCCAGAUCCUGCUAGACGACCUGGACCUGUCCAACAUGGUGAUCGGCUGGUACAAGCUCUUCCCUCCUUCCUCGCUAGUGGACCCCACGCUGGCCCCGCUGACGAGAAGAGCUUCCCAAUCCUCGCUGGACAGCUUCUCGCGAUCGUAGCAGCGUUGUGGCCCUAACAGCGUCGUUGUAGCAGCCGGUGUUGCGAUUUGCAGGUCACGAGGCCCCACCCCGGUCACACUGCAUGCUUGAUGUUGUGUCUUCUGAGCCUGUUUCUAGGGGCGCAAAAAAAAAAACAAACAAAAAAAAAACAACAACAACAAAAAAGAAUUAAUAAAACGUGAUCCUGUGUUUUAAGCAAAAACGUUGCGCACAUUGUGCACGUGGCAAAGCGCGUUGCAAGCACCCAGCGGCAGGGAAUUGCCAGGUGUUGUUUGUCAUUCGGAGGAAGCCGGGACGAACUCCUUAGCACGAGGAACUCAUCGGUUCCGGCUUUUUCUUCCAAUUCGAAGCCAUGGGGAGGGGCCGACACCGGGAACCACUGAAUGAGUUCCGGCAGAGGCCCCUUUUUAGAAUGAAAAAACAAACAAAAAAAAAAUCAAUGUUAUGUUGAUUUUUAACAUUUUUUCUUGUCUUUUUUUUUAUUUUUAUUUUUUUUUAUGUCUGUGUACUUUUAUCUGAAUGGGGGCAGGGCGGGUGACGGUGUUUCUAACCAGAUGCUUGGUCACACCAUGCCAACAAACCUAGCGACAUAAAUGCAGUUGUGGAGACCAACACUUUCAAAGAGGGGGAGGGUGUGUGCGUGUGUGUGUGUGUGUGUGUGGGGGGGGGGGGUGUGUGUGUGUGUGUGUCUAUCCUCCUACAUGCAAGAGACGAAUGCAUUGCAUCCCCUGGGUUUAUGUGCUGAUCCAUCUUUGCUGGUAAAUCACCAGUUAAUCAGGGGCAAUACUGAAGUGGCCACCCACCAACACUCCAGAAUACACAGUAGCAAUCCCAACCCCAUGAAAGCAAACAACAACAACAACAACAAAAAACAAAGUACAACUUUUUAUUUUCCUCCUUUGUUGAUAUACCGUACGAAAAAUCGAACUAUGAUUUAUUUAUUUAUUUAUUUAUUAAUUUCUUUUUUUACCCCUUUUCAGUUCCUUUGCAUGGGCACAAACUCUUAGCUGAAUUUAAAAAGAAAAGUAUAUAUAUAUUUAUUUUCUUGAGGCUGUAACUUGCAAAAAAUAAAAUAAAAUAAAAAAUAGCAGAAAAAACAGUUGAAGAAAACUAAAUGAAACAAAUCAGCCAUUUUCAACGAUUUAUAUUAUUUUUAAAGGAAUAUUUCACUAGUGCAUGGUUUUCAAGGGGAGUGAAUGCAACAUUGUGACAACAAAAAAAGACAUUAGUUUAUCAUUCUUUAGACCAUUCAUGGGUGUUUUUUUUUCUCUCCAGACAUUCAGAUAAGGGAACUUAAAAAAAAAAAAAAAAACAACAAAAAACAUUUGGAGUUAUUUAAGAAAAAAGUGACAAUGAAAAUAAAUGUUAUUUAUUUCAUUGUAAAAUGCUCCAGCCUUAUAAAGAAACAUUAUGUGCAAAUUGUACAUUUCUCUUUUUCUUCCUGGUCCCAGGGUUCUUCUCUUUGUAGUAUUCACUGCUACCACCACUUAGUUCCCUGACACCGUCCUAAUUUUUGGACCCAGUUACUUUACAGUUCCGCAUUGUUUUUAAUCCGUUUUCUUUUUUUCUUAUUUUGUUUUGAAUUGAAUUUGAUUUUACAAGCAUGUUGAAAAGGAUUUUCUGCAACAUGUCUUGGGCACACCUUACAGUAACUCAGCAUGUUUUGAUAAAGACGAUAUUUGGACUUUUUGCAGAUUCUUGUACAGUGCAUGUGAACUUUAUUACUUUUCUCCCUCGCAAUUAAUUGAGCAGCAAAUUAGAAGUUGGUCUUCCGCGGCCAGUUAUCGAGGUCUAAAACAAGAUAAGAGAAAAGAAGAAGAGAAAAAAACAAAACAAAAGAACAUUCCAUCCCCAAAGUCAUAUUUUCUUUCAGAAUUUUUGAGGGAAAACAAAACAAAAAAAGAGCGAGAGAAAAAAAAAAAGUUUUAUAUUUUAUCAAAGCAGGCAAAAUAAAUGUGAUUUCCAAGUAUAUUUAUUUUGACGCUGUCGUCGACAAACAUGCAAAAACGAUCCUUUUUGGUGCGCCGAGGCACCGGUAGCGUCAUUAAGGGGCCGCGGCGGUGCAACAGCAGCCGGAGGCUGUGGUUCGGUUUUACAAGCACUCUUAGUGAAGACGAGCAAAUCACAAGUUUAAAUAACAAUAGGGGAUAUUGCCACAGAAAUUGUUGUCUUUUUUCUCUUUAUUGUUUUUUUUUUGUUGCUUUUUUUUUUUUGAAUGAAAAUGGUAUUAAUUUACUACAUUUUUGUUAAUUUCAUUUUAAAGCCAAGACCAGUUUAUUUUUUAUUUUCUAUUUUUAGUAAUUACCAAUACUUCCCGUGUCCGGGAGGCAUACGAGUCUUACAGUCGCAGUAUGUCUGAAUGAAAUGGAACUGAGGCAUUGUUCCUUUUUCCACAUGAGAAAAAAAAAAAAAAAAAGAUGCAUUUUAAUAUCUAAAAAUCAACUUCGUCCCUGUAACAGAAUACAGUAUAUAUUUUGAAUUUACUGUUCACUGUACAUACCUUUAGAUGUCAGAAUUUGAAUAGACCAUAAGCCGAUACGUAUGUUCUCUUUUUGGAGCAGGAAAAAUGCCUCAGGAUGACAAAGACAUAUGUUGUUUCUUUUUGAAUGCCUUUUUGAUUUCCUCUUUUUUGGUGCAAUGUGUUAAUGCCAAGGCUAUGUCUUGGUGAAGUAUGGUUGAGUACAGAGAUUUAUGUAAGUUAUUUUUCAAAUUAAAAAUAAAAGAAAUUGAUAUUACAUUGAUACAAAUUGUUGCGUUUUGAUUCAGCGAAAAGCAACAGAGGAGCAAAUCGAGUUGGAGAGACAGAAAGCGUGAUUCGCCUUUCAGGUCUGAUUUGGGGAAAACCUAAAAGGGAAAAAAAACAGCUGGCAGGAUGAGCUCAGAGGAAAGGUUAGACUUUUGUUGGCUCUAACGUGACAACGCAGUCGUUCGCAUUGUAAUGUCGUAUUUCCGCUUCGCUCAGCAUCUUGGUAAAGGCCUUGCAGCAUAAAUCAUUUAGCCACAAAGGCAGCAGCAACAAAACAAAACCUAACAGAAGCAGACAGAACUGACCUUAGUACCCAUUCAUCUCCUGCAUUUCGUCAGACUUUCUUGCAGGAAUAGUGCUGAUCUCAACCGAUCACACCUUCUCUGUUUCACUCAGUUCAGCUG